CUCUUGCUGGGUCCGCUGACUACUGGGUCUUGGGCACCGAUUAUGAUAACUAUGCYGCCGUCUACAGCUGCAAGAAUCUAAAAAUCGCACAUACGGAAACCGUGUGGAUCCUCACGCGUGAGCGCGAUCCAUCUGAGGAUAUUGUAAGAGAUGCUCAGGAUGUGCUUGUUUCGCAAGGUGUAUCUUUGGACCCAAUGAUUGUGACCGAUCAAUCAGGCUGUCCAGAUUCAUAAAAAUAAAGCCGGAAGAAGCUUUGGCAAUACGAAAACUAUAAGCAAUCCGAAGCUAUGUAAAUAUUGUACAUAAAAUGAAUAAAACACUACAAAUACCUGCAUGAAAAA